AAUGAGGUUAAAGAGGUUGUGGUUGAGAAGCCGGAUGUCAAGGUCACAGAGGAUAUGAAGAUUACAUUUCUGGGCAAUAUCGAGAGGACCGUCGAGAACAUGGCGUUGAUCAAGGGCGCGACCCCUGGUGAAUAUCAAGUGUUGGAAGGAGGUUCAGUUCUCUGCACAGAGGACAGGGUUGUGAUUGGCGCAGUUGCGGAUACCUUUGGCAGAGUUCAAGAGCCUCUGUACAGCGUGGCGUUCACCAAUGCGAAGGAG